CGGCGGCAGCAGGAGGCGGCGGGGGGAGCGGGAGCCACUGAGAUGAGGAGGCGCCGCGCGCGCCUGUAGCUCGCGGGCCUCGCAGUUUGUUUGCCUAAUUUGGACUUGAAGCAAUCCAGCUAUUGGAAAUCUGCCAUUUUACAGUAUCACAAUUGGAAGGAAGCAGGUUUUCAAAUAAUGGAAGACUUUAAGACCUCUAAAAAUGAAAAUCAUGAACCAAAGAAGAAUGCUUGGGCUCUUUCUGAAGAAAGCAAAGCAGUUAAAGUUAUAUCUAAUCAAACUUUGAAAGCUAGAAAUGAUAAAUCCAUAAAAGAAAUUGGGACCAGCUCUCCAAAUAAGAACACUAUUAAAAAAAAUAAGCAAAAUGAUAUUUGUAUAGAAAAAACAGAAGUUAAAUCAUGUAAAGUAAAUGCUGCCAACAUAGCAAGCCCUAAAGAUUUGGGAUUAGUCCUUCGAGAUCAAAGUCAUUGCAAAACAAAAAAAUCACCUAAUUCACCGGUGAAAGUAGAAAAGGUACCUGUUUCACAAGCGAAAGCAGAAAAAUCACCAAAGUCCCCUAAUUCACCAGUGAAAGCAGAAAAGACACCCAGCUCACAGGUGACAGCAACAGAAAAAGCACUUAGUUCACAGAGGAAAAUGGAAAAAGUACCCAGUUCUCAGAUGAAAUUGGAAAAGGUCCCUGGUUCACCAGCAGAACCAGAGAAGGCGUCCAGUUUACUGUUGAAGGAAACUAUGCGACGUACAGAAUUACCACAGAUUGGAAAAAAAAUUCCAAGCUCUUUUACUUCUUUGGACAAAGUGAAUAUUGAUGUGGAUGGAGGAAAAUCUGCUUUGGAAAACUCACCAGGAUCUCAGAAGCAACAAGCAUGUACAGAUAAUACUGGUGAUUCUGAUGAUAGUGCGUCAGGAAUUGAAGACGUAUCGGAUGAUUUGAGUAAAAUGAAGAAUGAUGACUCUAAUAAAGAAAACUCUUCAGAGAUGGACUAUUUAGAAAAUGCUACUGUGAUAGAUGAAUCUGCAUUGACACCUGAGCAGAGGCUAGGCUUGAAACAAGCAGAAGAACGCUUAGAAAGAGAUCACAUCUUUCGACUUGAAAAACGCUCACCAGAAUAUACCAAUUGCCGAUAUCUAUGCAAACUUUGCUUAAUUCACAUUGAAAACAUCCAGGGAGCUCAUAAACAUAUAAAGGAGAAACGACAUAAGAAAAAUAUUUUGGAAAAACAGGAAGAAAGUGAGCUUCGUUCUCUGCCACCUCCUACUCCUGGCCACUUGGCUGCUUUAAGUGUUGCAGUUAUUGAACUAGCAAAAGAACAUGGAAUAACAGAUGAUGACCUCAGAGUCCGUCAGGAAAUUGUGGAGGAAAUGUCAAAGAUUAUAACAACGUUUUUACCAGAGUGUUCACUUAGGUUGUAUGGCUCAUCUCUGACUAAGUUUGCUCUGAAAAAUAGUGAUGUUAAUAUAGAUAUAAAAUUUCCUCCCAGGAUGAAUCAUCCAGAUCUUCUGAUACAAGUGCUUGGGAUUUUAAAAAAAAGUGUAUUAUAUAUAGAUGUGGAAUCUGAUUUUCAUGCCAAAGUUCCUGUUGUGGUAUGCAAAGAUCGGAAAAGUGGUUUGCUUUGUAGAGUGAGUGCAGGAAAUGAUAUGGCAUGCCUCACUACUGAUUUACUUGCUGCUCUUGGCAAGUUGGAACCUGUCUUUACUCCCUUGGUGUUAGCCUUUCGCUACUGGGCUAAGUUAUGCUAUAUUGACUCCCAAACUGAUGGUGGAAUCCCUUCCUACUGUUUUGCUUUAAUGGUGAUGUUUUUUCUACAACAAAGAAAACCCCCUCUUCUUCCUUGCUUACUUGGAACUUGGAUUGAAGGCUUUGACCCAAAAAGAAUGGAUGACUUUCAGCUGAAGGGCAUAGUAGAAGAGAAGUUUGUGAAGUGGGAAUAUAAUUCAAGUAGUGCAACUGAGAAAAACUCAAUUGCUGAGGAAAACAAAGCUAAGGCAGACCAACCAAAAGAUGAUACCAAGAAGACAGACACAGACAACCAAAGUAAUGCCAUGAAGGAAAAACAUGGCAAAUCUCCUUUAACAUUGGGAACACCAAAUCAGGUAUCCUUGGGGCAGUUGUGGUUAGAGCUGCUAAAAUUUUACACACUGGAUUUUGCUUUGGAAGAAUAUGUCAUAUGUGUACGGAUACAAGAUAUUUUAACAAGAGAAAACAAAAACUGGCCUAAAAGGCGAAUAGCUAUUGAAGAUCCAUUUUCAGUCAAGAGGAAUGUUGCACGGAGCUUAAACAGCCAGCUUGUUUAUGAAUAUGUUGUGGAGAGAUUCAGGGCAGCUUAUCGGUAUUUCGCCUGUCCUCAGAGGAAGGGUGGAAAUAAAUCUACAGUGGAUUCCAUGAAAAAAGAGAAGGUGAAAAUAAACAAUAAGAAACCAGUGAAGUCUGACAAUAUGGCAUCCAGUUGUUGCAUUCUACUUGGAGAAAGCACAGAAAAAAUAAAUGCAGAAAGAGGUCAACCUGAUAAAUAUGAUGAAAUGGAAUGUACAUCGCAGAGAUGUAUUACUGAAGAUAACAGUUUGUUGGUAAAUGAACUAGAUUUGGCUGAACUUGGACAGGAAUCUUCCUGUCUUUCUACCAGUGAAGGCAGUGAAUUAGAGCCAAAAUCAAAUAAGAAACAAGAUGAUUUAGCACCUUCAGAAACUUGUUUAAAAAAGGAACUCAGCCAGUGUAAUUGUGUUGAUUAUAAAUCCCCUGACCCAGAUGAAUCUGUUGGUACAGACUGCAGGUCAAAUACAGAAACAGAGAGUUCACAUCUCAUUGUGAGCACUGACACAUCUGCUACCUCUUGCAACUGCAAAGCUACAGAAGAUGCUUCUGACCUUAAUGAUGAUGAUAACCACCCCACCCAGGAAUUAUAUUAUGUGUUUGAUAAGUUUAUUUUAACCUCUGGCAAGCCACCAACGAUAGUAUGCAGCAUCUGCAAAAAAGAUGGCCAUUCAAAAAAUGAUUGUCCAGAGGAUUUCAGGAAAAUUGAUCUAAAACCUCUACCACCAAUGACAAAUCGAUUUCGGGAAAUACUUGAUUUAGUAUGUAAAAGAUGUUUUGAUGAGUUAUCACCACCCUUUUCUGAACAACACAACAGGGAGCAAAUUUUAAUUGGCUUGGAAAAGUUUAUUCAAAAAGAAUAUGAUGAAAAGGCAAGAUUGUGCUUAUUUGGCUCUUCUAAGAAUGGAUUUGGAUUUCGUGAUAGUGAUCUGGAUAUCUGUAUGACCCUGGAAGGCCAUGAAAAUGCAGAGAAAUUAAACUGUAAAGAAAUAAUUGAAAAUUUGGCAAAAAUUCUUAAGAGACAUCCAGGUUUAAGAAACAUUUUGCCUAUAACUACUGCCAAAGUGCCUAUAGUAAAAUUUGAACAUAGACGAAGUGGUUUAGAAGGUGAUAUCAGUUUAUAUAAUACAUUGGCUCAACAUAACACAAGAAUGCUAGCUACUUAUGCAGCUAUUGAUCCUAGAGUACAGUACUUGGGAUAUACUAUGAAAGUGUUUGCAAAGCGAUGUGACAUUGGAGAUGCUUCCAGGGGAAGUUUAUCUUCAUAUGCUUAUAUCCUUAUGGUGCUGUACUUUCUGCAGCAGAGAAAACCACCUGUUAUCCCAGUUCUACAAGAGAUCUUUGAUGGAAAACAGAUUCCACAGAGAAUGGUUGAUGGAUGGAAUGCAUUUUUCUUUGAUAAGACAGAAGAACUGAAAAAGCGUUUACCUUCACUUGGAAAGAACACAGAAACAUUAGGAGAGCUUUGGUUGGGACUGCUUCGCUUCUAUACUGAAGAGUUUGAUUUCAAGGAGUAUGUAAUUAGCAUUCGGCAGAAAAAGCUGUUGACAACUUUUGAGAAGCAGUGGACAUCCAAAUGCAUUGCAAUUGAAGAUCCUUUUGACUUGAAUCAUAACCUUGGUGCUGGAGUUUCUAGAAAAAUGACCAAUUUUAUCAUGAAGGCAUUUAUCAAUGGAAGGAAGCUUUUUGGUACCCCCUUUUAUCCACUCAUUGGCAGAGAAGCUGAGUACUUCUUUGAUUCCCGAGUAUUAACAGAUGGAGAACUGGCUCCCAACGAUCGAUGUUGUCGUGUGUGUGGAAAAAUAGGCCACUACAUGAAAGACUGCCCUAAAAGGAGAAGCAGUUUACUGUUUAGACUAAAGAAGAAAGACAGUGAAGAAGAGAAGGAUGGGAAUGAAGAGGAGAAAGAUUCCCGAGACCUUGUUGACCCCCGAGACCUCCACGACACUCGAGAGUUUAGAGACCCCAGAGACCUCAGAUGCUUUAUAUGUGGAGAUGCAGGACAUGUACGAAGGGAGUGUCCAGAGGUCAAGCUGGCCCGUCAGAGGAAUAGCAGUGUGGCAGCAGCCCAGCUGGUCCGCAACCUUGUAAAUGCCCAACAGGUGGCUGGUUCAGCCCAGCAACAGGGUGAUCAGUCCAUAAGGACUAGACAGUCCUCAGAAUGUUCUGAUUCACCAUCUUAUUCUCCUCAGCCCCAGCCGUUUCCACAGAAUUCUUCCCAAUCAGCUGCCAUUACUCAGUCUCCAUCCCAGCCAGGAUCCCAACCCAAGCUUGGCCCACCUCAGCAGGGAGCCCAGCCCCCCCAUCAGGUCCAGAUGCCUAUGUAUAACUUUCCCCAGUCACCACCAGCUCAGUAUUCUCCCAUGCACAAUAUGGGAUUGUUGCCAAUGCACCCUCUCCAGAUCCCUGCCCCAUCCUGGCCUAUCCAUGGUCCAGUGAUCCAUUCUGCACCAGGCAGUGCCCCCAGCAAUAUUGGCCUGAACGAUCCCAGCAUCAUCUUUGCACAGCCUGCUGCCAGACCUGUGGCGAUCCCUAACUCCUCUCAUGAUGGACACUGGCCUCGUACUGUGGCUCCAAAUUCCCUGGUGAACAAUGGUACAGUGGGGAAUUCGGAGCCAGGCUUUCCAGGACUAAAUCCUCCAAUUCCUUGGGAACAUGCACCACGUCCCCAUUUCCCUCUUGUCCCAGCUUCGUGGCCUUACGGUUUGCAUCAAAACUUCAUGCAUCAGGGAAAUGCCAGAUUUCAGCCCAACAAACCGUUCUAUACUCAAGCUGGUCUACCGAUGCACAGCAACCAGCCAAUCCUGCUGUCUCAAGGGUAUCCGUACCUCAAUGUCAGUUACAUUCAGCAGAAAAAGUGACAUUUAAUGGAAAGCAAAACAAAUCAGCUUGGAAGAUGCUUGAAAUCUAUUGCAGGAUGUUGAGGGCUUUCCUGCCAUAUUUGCAACCCUGAAAAGUCAUGUUGCACUACUGCUACUGAUAUACUUGGAUAAUGUCAGUGCUUACAAGAUAAAGGCUGAGCACCAUAACCUCGAAUUCAAGGCUCCUGGGGAAGAAGAAAUACCAUUUAAGAAUGUUGUGUAAAAGGUAUUAAGUUUCAUUGUUUGAACUGUUCGAUGCAAUUGGAUUAAAUGACCCAGAGAAGUCUUAUAUUUGAAUGCAUUCUUUUCUUCUUACAAAGCUGCUGCUAACUUGUCAGUUCUCAUGCUAUUAUUACUACAUGGUCCUGCUGGGGAGAGGGAGAAAUGGAGGUAAUAGGUUUUUACUGAUUUGGUAUUUGAGUGUAAUAGCAGCAGCACAAAUCUCAGGAUUCUCAGAACAUUUCCCAUCAUGGAGCAAAACAAAACUAAACUACAGAGAACUGGAAAAUGGGUGUAUAAAAUUUAAUAACAAAAGGGUCAACAGGCAGCUACAUCCAUCCUCAUCAUUCAUCCUCUCCACCCCUCAAGUCCUUUCUAACCUUAUAAAUUUGAGUACCGUCAAGGUUGGUUGCACAAAGGGGUCCAAAGCAGCCCUUGGGAAGCACUAUCCCUCAAAUAUGGAAUAUGACUCAGAUACAAAACUCAGCACCUCUUUCAUAUAAGGAAAAAAAAGUGGAGAAACUUGGUUAAAAAGAGCUAAAAUAUUCUCAUAGCUGCCUGGGGAGUAGAUCUUAAUCCUUCCACACAGAUGCCUUCGGAUCCACAGGUGGCCAUUUGGACUAAAACCAAACAGAGUCCAUUACUCAUUCCCUCUCCGGCUCUUCUUGUGGCUUUUCUUAGAUCUGAAAUGGUAACACAUAUGAAUCAUAAAUUAACAUAAAUUUAAUAACAGCUGUUCAAGGAGCUAGGCAAGAACUUUUGAGUAAGAUGGGGUAUGCUGAUACUGAUGUGGAUAGAGAGGAUACCCAAUAUUCAUUAAAUGUGCUUGGUGUUAUGUCUUAGAGCAACACUGAGUAAGGUAUUACUAUCCAAACUUUACCACUGAGGAAAUGAUCUCUAGGUUAAGAGUAUACCUGACAGUGUCUAGCAUAUAGCAAUAAUUUCUAAUUAAAGUUUAUCAAAAGAAAGUGAUUUGUCCAAUGUCACUCAGCUGUUAAGUGUCUGAAGUUGGGAUUUAACCACAGGUCUCCUGAGACCAAAGCUCAUGCCCACUAUCAAAGCUGCAAUUCUACAAGAAAAAAACAAAAUAACAUAAAACAGAUAUAUAAUUCUAGUAAUUCUUAGGACAAUGGGCCAAUUUUAUAAUGUAAAAAAGAGAAAUUCCUAAAUACCCCAUCAAAACAAAAUUUCAGGUCUAACUUAGUUGUAUGAUUGGAACUUUGAUUUCUGAAUUAAGAAGAAAUUCUUAAAGGUUGGUCCAUACCUUUCAGGAGACUUUGAGUGGCUCCUAUGUCUGUGACUACGGUGAUGACCUGGGGAAAAAGAGGCCACCGGAUGAGUGUUCUUCUAUCCACCACCACCUCCGCUGUCAUUUUCACUUCCCCCAAUCCCUUUCAUUGGUGUAUUUUUUUGGCUUACGCUAAACACACCUCUUGGUACCACCUUUCUGAACUGUGUGUGUUUAUGGGGGAGUGUCAGAAGAACUGAACGCACUUCAUAUGCAUUCAGGGGUUAUGGCUAAUUUCACAAACAUCAUGUUGAGGAUUUUUUACCACUAUGAAAGAUCUUAUUCCUGUAAUUUCAGAUUAAAGAACUGAAGUUCAUCCUUCUUUCAGCAAAGCUUGUAAGAGGAAGUAAACAUGUGAACUCUGUUCUCACUUCCUUUUAAGCAGGCUAUUGCACUGGAGUGAGACUAAGCACUUACUGUAUUUCUUUAAGACCACCAAUAGCAAAAGGCCCAAAUGCUGUACCUGGGGACUUGGAGCGGGAUCUGUGCCGUCUAUCUCUAGAUCUGCUGCGGUGACGUCUUGGGCUUUUGCUCCGAUGCCUUUCUCGGCGAGGGGAGGGGCUAUGGAAAUAACUGGUCAGAUCCCUUUAUCUGACACUAUACUCACCACAACAGCACCCUCCCUUCCCAAAGCCCUGUCUUUCAUUACAAAUCAACCAAAGACCCACCUCCUCCUUUUAGGAGAUCGACUCCGCCUGUACAAAAAGAAAAGAGAAAGAACCUUAGUAGGUGCACUGCAGUUGUAGAUUCAAAAAAUUGUUCCAAUUCUUCACCCAUUUCUGUUAUCCAUGACUUUAGUCCUGAAACUUUUUAUUAGCACCCUCCCACUCUAAGUCUGGGGUUGGUCAUGUGACCUGCUUUGGCCAAUGGGCUAUUUGCAUAUGUGAUACCAACAUGAUACUGGAAGGAAAUUUGCAUCAUUGAGCUUUUCUGCUCUUGAAUUCUGCCACUGCCCUGAGACCAUACCUAAUCCAGCCUAGAAUGAGACACACACACACACACAGAAGAGUUGCCCCAUUAGUUAGUUGCCUCAUUAAAAGCCAUUCUAUAGUAGCCAAUAGAUGAUCACAAAAUAGGUUCAUGAACUUAAACUGCCUAUCCAAGCCCAGCUUAAAUCACUGACUGCAGACUUAUGAACUAAAUAAACAGUUAUCAUCUGACAUAGAGGUUUUGUGGGUUGUUUUAUAGCAAUUACUGCAUUGGGCAAACAGAGGCCAAAGAGUAGGGCCUUACCUUCUGGGAGACCGGCUCCUACUCCUCCUAUAGCGCAAUGUGGGAGAACGACGGGGCUUGUCUAAGUCUCGGUAGCUUCUCCGGCGAUGAUCAGGUGAUGGCACUCUCUCCAGCUGGAAAAGAAAUGUAUGGUAGGUCAGUGAUGAGCACAGACUUACAAAGAACCACUUAGGGACAGUACCUACGCGCUCCUUAUCCUGUCCCAAAUUCUACCUUCAAGUGACUUUAAACACAAUGAAUACAUAGAUAACCCUAAGGACAAAACCUCCAAAUAAAAAAACUGAACUAUUUCCAGUAUUCCCCUUAUUGUUCCAGUGUUGGUGGGACUUUGUGAGAAGAAUGCGACUGUGAGAAGUCAGAGCUAAGUAAUUGUGCAUUUCUCCUUCAGAAGCUAGAUUCUCAAUGUGAAAGGAGAUACAGAUGUAAAAUCAGUAAGAUUGUAUAAAGUGUACUUUAAUUUUAAAAAUUUCCUCUGGGUCUGCCAACUCUAGAGACCAAGAAAUGCAGACCAAACCCUAUCAGUGAGCAUUUAUAGUGCCGAGAUUGUGGUAUCUAAGUAUCAUUUUCCCUGUAAAUGAAAGCAAGGGCUCCCUGGGAAAAUGGCUAAUUUCAGGUUGGGGACAGCAGCUUACAAAACAUGAACAGAACAUACAUCAGAAGACAAGGUGUCCGAGACUACGAUGAUUCUAUCAGUCUCGUGUCAACUUGGGGACCGCCCUCCAUUGGCCAAAGGGGACAAUUUCAGCAUCAACAAGGACUAUGAUGGUUCAAAAACACAUCAAAUCUGCUUAAAUCCUUGAGUUUAUAAUGUUACCAAGGACAAAAGCUCAUCACACUAGGAGGAUACUAUGGUGUCAGCUCAUUAUUUUAAAAAACUGAUUGAGAAAUAAUCCUGUAUUUACCUUUUCUAUAUCAACUGUACCUAUGAAAAACUAAAUACUGAUUUAGGAGAUUUCUCUUCAUAGCAGUGUUAUAGGUAACAAAUGAUUAAAAAAAAAAAAAA